UCAGAACAAAACAAACAGGGGGAGUGAGUAAGGGAAGAGGAGAGUCAAGGAGAGGCAGACCUCUAAAAGGGUGUGUGGUGAACAGUGCUUCACACAGAGCUACAGGCAAGAUGUGGUCCUGUGCGAACAUGGAAUAAACCAAGUUGCUCUUUUGCUCGUGAAUACCACUGAAUGAAAAACCUACUGUUAGAUGCAGGGAAGACAGUGUUCAUCAUGAGUGAGAGAAAAGACAGCAAGAGAAGUGGUGGAAGCCAAGGCACCACGGCUAAACAACAGAGCAGUCUGCCUCGGAUUGGAAGCAAGAGGAGAUCCUUGCGUCGAAGUAGGAGCAGCGAUGCUGAAAGGGAAGGACGAAGAGCAGAGCGACGUAGAGACAGGGAGGAGGGCAGGGAGCGUGGGCGGAGUGAAGAAAGACGAGGAGAGAGAGGCCAAAGGAGCACGCAAGCCCCCGAAGAAUUCAGAGAGGAGACAGAGUGCAUGGUGUGUUUCUGCCCUUACGACAAUGUGUUCAAAGCUCCCAAGGUCUUGGCCUGUGGCCACACCUUCUGCCUGGAAUGCCUAGCCCGCAUCAACGUGUCUUCUCCAGAGCUGAAGUUUGUGUCAUGCCCUGUGUGCCGGGGGCUCACCAACUUGCCCCAUGGCCGAGACCUACCCCACCUGGAAAACAAUAAAGACGUUUUCAAAAAGAUGCCACCUGAAAUGCAGAGACCACUGUCUGUGCGCUUUAAGCGCAGUGAAGGUAAACUGGUCCUGAAGAAGGCCCCCACGAAAGCUCCUGGUGGAUCCACUAAGAGCAGCCUCAUUCUGCCCGGCUUUAAGAAGAAAGAACAGGCAGGGCAACAGGUCCAAGGGGGUGACCCACAGUUGGGGACUGUCGAGCUGGGCAUUGCUCCAACCACCACCAUAGAUGUUGGCCGCCCUCCUAGUAGAGUCAGGGGUCGCCUGCGUCAGAUCGUUCGCUCCAAUCAGUGCUACUAUGUUGUGGUGGCGGCCAUAAUCAUAGUGACAGUGGCUCUGAUGCUGGUGGGAAUCCUUACUUUUGUGGUUUUACCUGGUUUUGGGACAUCGUAUAUUGGUACGUCCCAGGGCUCAGAGACAACGCUGAAACCAGCGGAGGGACAUAAGCCCUGAUAGAGUGAAGGGGAACAGGAAGAAAUAUAACAGAAGGGAGAGACAAGCAUGCAAAUAUUCAGUGAUAAAGGCCAGCAAAUGUAGGGGCAACAGAAACAGCCCGUGAUUAUUUGUUUCAGCUUUACACUGCUGUGUGUGUAUACAGCAUACAAAGCCAAAUACAUUAAAACAUUGGAGAGCCCUGAAGCACGUGAAUACUUCAGAAGGGUAAACAAGAAGUGCAGAAGGAACCUGCUACUGCUGUAUCACUGUAUCUUCUGACGAUAGACACAAAAGUCCUGUGGACAGAAAGGAAAGACUGAUUUUCAUGAAGAUGUAAAUACCAGAUAUUUUAUACCACUUCUUACACUCUUGUUUCCUUGUGUUCAUUUAGGGUGAAUAUGGAUUUAUGGAUAAACAGGUAACAGUCUUUUGGGUUGGUGGGAGUAAAGACAGUAUAGAUGGAAAAAUGUGAGACAAAAAAAUAUAAAGGAAUAGAUGAACUAAGCUAUCAGGAGAAAUGAACUGGUCUCAAAAAGGAGGAUAUGCAAAUGCACUUGACCCUUACCUAGAUCACCUGCUGUGAAUGGGCUGCUGUUACCUUGUGCUAGUGUCGAGCCAAAAAUCUUCUAGCCUGGGUCUCAGCAUGGUACUUAUUUACUGCACUAAAUAUGUGCUGCACUUUAUGUAGAUACACUGUAUGAGUAUAAUAAGAUUCAGUAUAUCACAGUAAACUUAACCAUAUGUAUGAAAAGAAAUUUACAGUUGUAUCAGUCGCAUACUUUGCACAGACCACCUCACAGAAAGACAGUGUAUGUUUAUUGUUGGUUGUCCUCAUUCGUGAGUUACAUGUUACUUGGAUUGUUGCCCAAGACUUAAUAAAGUGGAAUGGGGAUAUGUUUUGUCAUGUUUGGUUAGUUAAAUGCUCCAUGUAUUCAACAUUCAGUUUCACAACAACCCGCUCCCCCCACUACAACCCUCACUAACAGGUUUAACCAGAGCUGAUCUGGUCAAUGAUAAUGAGGCUCACUAGAAAAUUCCUCUUGUUUAUUUCAAAUACUGCUUCCUUCCUCUGAGCACUGCUUUCUUUUUUACUUGAUCAAAAGUAAUUUUUCGGUAUAAACUACCUGUAGACCCCAAAAAGUACUAAACCUUUCUUGUGAGCUAGUUCUAGCUGCUUACUUUGCCUUUCAGUAAGCAAGGAAAUGUGACGUUGCGUUUCUUGCCCUCUGUCUCAGACAUCUUGAGUUAAACCUGUUCAGCUGGAUUGUCUGCCAUAAAAAGAGGUGACAGUUCAAGGCUAAACUAGAAGGGUGUUGAACAUUAGAAGAGAAAGGCUGUUAACUAUAGAGGGCCGUGCUACCAAGAGCUGGAGGUAAAAAUAAUGUAAUCUAAUGUCUUGUUUAUUCACGAAGUGCAUACUACAUGUGGACUUACUCAGGCAUUCAGACACAGUGCAUUUUUGUUAUUCUUCAUAAAAGUACCUGACAUAUUGCUAUGGGAUUUGCUCAUACCCUUGUGACUUUUUACCACCGUCUGUAUCUGUAGCAAACGUGUGUCAUCCACAGACAUAACAGAGGAGGUUUAAAUACAUUGUUGGUGAUAACAAAGAGACAGAAAUGCUGUUUCCUCAUUUUUGAUAAUAAAACACUGUAAAAACAGCUAAUCUCUGAAUUGAGGUCAAAUGAAAUGUAUCAUUUACAAUACAGAUGACGGCACUUCUCACGAUUACAAGGAGCACACAGGAUCACAAAGGGACAGUUUCCACACCCUUAGAGA